AUGUCCACUGAUGAGGAAGUCGACCCGUACGAACUUAUUGGCAUCAAGCUAGAGGCUACGGACCAAGAAAUCAAAACAGCAUAUCGUCAAAAGUCAUUGAAAGUACAUCCAGAUCGUAAUCCCAACAAUCCCGAUGCAGCACGGAAGUUUCACGAAUUGAAUCAGGCGUAUGAACUUCUGCUCGAUCCCCUGCGACGGCUGGCGCUGGAUGCGAAGUUGCGACUCAAGCUAGCACGGAAGGAGCGUUUCAAGGCGUAUGACUCCAAGCGAAAGAAUCUCGUCGAGGAGUUGGAGGAGCGAGAGCGUGCGUUCAAGAAGGCAAGAGUAGAAAAGCAACAGGAAGAGAUCAAGGUGUGGCGCGAGACCGAGAAGAUCAAGGAAGAGGGCCGCAAGAUGAGGGAGGAGAGAGAGAGAGCUCUUCGACCUACACCCGUCGUCGCUAGCCCAGAGCCAGAGCCAGAGCCAGAGCCAGAACUCCCUACGCUAGGCGACUUCGAUACUACCGUCCGGAUCAAAUUCAGCAUCGCUGCCCGCCCGGACCUCACAACUACCGCUUCGCUCGUAUCGCUUCUAUCGCCAUUCGGUGCCAUCGAUGAUUCGUCCGUGGUUCUGUCCAUCAAGCCGCCGAAGAAAGCUCCAACAAAACCACCCAAGUACGGUACAGCCCUGGUGCCGUUUAAACGGAUUGGCGAUGCUUUUGCUGCGGUGUGCGCCAGUGGGAAGGCGGAGAGGGGGUUGAAGGGGGUUGAUAUCCGGUGGGUGGAUGAGAAGGAACCUCCGAUACUGGUGUGGUUGAAGAAGAUGGGAAAAUUGGGUUCAGAACCGACAUCUUCCUCAGGGGAUGAAGUCAAAGCAACUUUGCCACAGCAUCAGUCAAAGGCUGAUCCAUCAACGUUCGCUUCGUCGUUUCCUGAUAGUUUGCCUGAUGUCGCAGCUCCCAAGCUACCAUCUGUUUCUGGUUUAGGGUACGAAGAGAUGACGUUGAUGAGGCUCAGACAAGCGGAAAGGGACCGACUAGAGCGAGAGAUUAGAGAACAGGAAGCGGCCGACUAG